GAGUAGAAAAGGUGUGGUGGAUUCAACCUCAGCCUGCCUCCACUGAGAGGGCACAACUGUGAUGGCUGAGCUGGGCCCCGAGCUCUCUUUGCUGGGAAGGAUGGCGUUUCUGGAAGGGUACGCCAUGAUUUCGGGAGCUCCGCAUUCGGUCUGGGUUAUGACGCCUUGUCGCAUUCAAGAACUCCCGUUGGGGGGGGCGGUAAAGAAGUGCUGCUGCCCCUGAGUUAGACCCCCGCCCGCGCCCCCGCCGCCGCCUGCCUCCACAGCGCCGCCAAGCGGAAGUUAAAAAACGGCGGUCCUCCUUUUGGCCCCACCCCCGCCCCUCCUCCGCCAACAAACCAGGGGCGGGGCCUAUAUAAAGAGAGCACCGCAGUUGCCCGUCACCGGAAGUCUAGCUGUCGAGUACCAUGGAGCCGGCUAAGAUGGCAUCUCCCAAGAGCGGGCCAAAGGAUGCUCUGGUGAUGGCACAAAUCCUGAAGGAUAUGGGAAUUACAGAUUAUGAGCCAAAAGUAAUCAAUCAGAUGCUGGAGUUUGCCUUCCGAUAUGUAACAACAAUUUUGGAUGAUGCAAAAAUUUAUUCAAGCCAUGCUAAGAAAGCCACUGUUGAUGCAGAUGAUGUGCGAUUGGCAAUCCAGUGUCGAUCUGAUCAGUCUUUUACUUCCCCUCCCCCAAGAGAUUUUCUGUUAGAUAUUGCAAGACAAAAAAAUCAAACCCCUUUACCACUGAUUAAGCCAUAUUCAGGACUUAGACUCCCACCCGACAGAUACUGUUUAACAGCACCAAACUACAGGCUUAAGCCUUUACCAAAAAAGGGGCCUGCUCCACCUGGAAGGAUAACCGUUCCUCGCCUGAGUGUUGGUGCUGUUAGCAGCAGACCCAGCACUCCUACUUUGGGCAACCCACCUGCCCAGCCAGUUGCUGCUCCAAAUAAAGCUGGUGCCCCUGCGUCAGGGCCACCACCAAAUCAAAGGUUUGCUGUGCAGAUGCCACCCUCCCAAUCUGCUGUUGCCAAACCAGGUAACGAAACGGGUGCCAAGCCAGCUGCUCCAGCAGCUCCUGCUGUUCAGAAUGUUAUGAUUAACCCUUCUCUGAUGGGGCAAAAAAACAUCCUCAUCACUACUAACGUGGUAUCCCAGAAUACCCCGGUUGAGUCACCAAAUGCAUUGAAAAGAAAACAUGAAGAUGACGAUGAUUAUGAUAACUUGUAAACGGCUUCAUCGGACAGCCUCAGUGCAUUUCUAAAGUAGAUAAAUGUAAUCAUGUUAAUUCGUAGGAAAAAAAAAACAAAUCAGUGUCUAAUGUAGUUGUAAAACUUUUUUCUCCUCUUUAAGAUUGUUAAACUUUAGUAGGAUCUUAAGUAGUUUUCAUUAGAACUUGCAUGCAAAAAGAAUAAUUAUAACUCAAUGUUAUUCAUAAUUAUGGUGGAAGAUGGAAGGAAGGUCUAUUACGUAUCGAAUCAUUUAUGAAGCUAAAGCUGUAUGGAGUCAAUCCUAAAUAAAGUUUCAUUCUCUUGACAUUUCAA